AUGAAUAUGAAUGAUUGUCAGACAACAAUGUUGUCUCCUAGCCAAACAUCAACACAUAGUGUAAAUGAUAAAUGUAAAGCGAAAAAAUACGGUCGACAGUCUACAAUACCUCCGGAAUAUCGAGAUCAAACAAGACGAUUGAAAAAACAAAAUCUGGAACGUCGUAGACGUGCAUGUAUCUCAGAUAAAAUGAAUGCAUUACAUAAUUUAGCUAUGAAUUUAAUUGGCAAAGAUCCAACAGAAUAUCAUAAAAUUGAAAAAACCGAUAUUCUGAAUGUUUGUCACAGUGUCUUUAAAAAUGUUGUGGCUAUUGUCAACGAACAACCAGAUAUACUUGAACGUGUACAUCAACUUCGUGAUAAAUUUUACGAUAAAUUAAUCACAAAUCAUUCUAGUGGAUCAAAAAAUAAACACAAUAUCAGUAAUGAUGAGAAUAAUAACAAUAAUGAGAAAUUUCAUUUAAGCAAUUAUAUUCCAUAUAAUCAUUCUUUGAAAAUAUAUUCGAAUGAUAAUUCUAAUGAUUAUGAUAUGAACAAACAAUGUAAUUCAUUAAAUACUUCCAUUUCUAAUGAUAUUUCAUCGCAACUGACUAACCAUAAUUCAUUUCGGUAUUUCAAUGAAAAACUUCAUUCAACUCCUUUAAUUUCAAUGAAAACAUUGAAAACCUCAACAGAUAAUAAUAAAAAUAUUAAAUCAGUAGUUACUACAUCAUAUUCACAGUCUCUAGACAGUGGUAUUGAAGAUGUUGAAGAUACACAAUCAAUAAAUUGUACACAAUCAAAACAGUUAUUACAAAUGUCACAACGAAUAUUUAAACGAAACUAUUAUAAUAUAAAUCAACCCGUGGAAAAUGAAGCUUAUGAACAAAUAAUUGAUUUAUCUUUUAAAAAACAGAAGCAGACUAAUCAUCAUCAUAAUCAUGAAGAGAUUCAUCAUACUAAGGAAGAACAAAAUGUUUGGAGACCAUAUUUAGAUUGAUGAGUUUAUAUUCUAUCUGGCUUAUUUUUCUAUUUCAUUUUCUCUUUAGUAACUAUAAAC